GCUGAGUCCGCCCCGGAAGCCCGGCCCAGGUCGGGGCGGCCGCCAGCGCGCAGCGAGCUCGGGGAGCAGCCGCCGCGGGAGCCGGAGCCGCAGACCUUCCCUGAUGGAUGAUCUCUAUGAAGCAAAUGGCAGUUUUGCCAUCAACUUAUUAAAAAUGUUGGGUAGAGAGGACAGCUCGCGAAAUGUGUUCUGCUCCCCUCUGAGCAUCUCCUCUGCCCUGGCCAUGGUCUUCAUGGGGGCCAAAGGAAACACCGCUGCCCAGAUGUCCCAGGCGCUUUGUUUGAGCAGAGACGGAGACAUUCACCAAGGUUUCCGGUCGCUCCUCGCGGAGGUUAACAAAUCCGGCACUCAGUACUUGCUCAGAACCGCCAACAGACUCUUCGGAGAGGAAACAUGUGAUUUUCUUCCAGCCUACAGGGAAUCCUGCCAGAAGUUCUACCAGGCGGAGCUGGAGGAGCUGUCGUUCGCCAAAGACACCGAAGAAUGCCGGGAGCACAUAAACCACUGGGUGACAGAGAAGACGGAAGGGAAGAUUUCAGAGAUCCUGGGUGCUGGGACGGUUGAUGCACUGACUAAGCUGGUUCUCGUGAAUGCCAUCUAUUUCAAAGGGAAAUGGCAUGAACAGUUUGACAGAAAGAACACAAGGGGAAUGCCCUUUAAAAUCAACCAGGAGAGAAAGACGGUGCAGAUGAUGUUUAAGCAGGCUAAAUUUAAAAUGGGGUAUGUGGAUGACGUGCACACUCAGAUCCUGGAGCUGCCCUACGCGGGGGAGGAGCUGAGCAUGGUCAUUCUGCUGCCAGAUGACAACACCGAUCUCGCCGAGGUGGAAAAAGCACUUACGUAUGAGAAGUUCAGAGCCUGGACAGAUCCAGAAAACAUGACUAAGAACAAAGUUCAAGUUUUCCUUCCCCGGUUGAAGCUGGAGGAGAGUUAUGACUUGGAGUCUUUUCUUCGAAGUGUUGGCAUGAUUGAUGCAUUUGAGGAGGCCAAGGCGGACUUUUCUGGAAUGUCAGCGAAGAAGAAUGUGCCGGUGUCCAAGGUGGCACACAAGUGCUUCGUGGAGGUGAAUGAGGAGGGCACGGAGGCGGCGGCGGCCACGGCCGUGGUCAGGAAUGCUCGGUGCAGCAGAGCCGAGCCAAGGUUCUGUGCAGACCACCCUUUCCUCUUCUUCAUCAUACACCGCCACACCAACAGCAUUUUGUUCUGCGGCAGGUUCUGCUCCCCGUGA